CUACCAUCAGUACCAUUUACACAGAUUUAUUCAAUAAUCAUGAAAUCAUGAUUAUUAACACAUUUCAAAUUUCGUCUUUCAUUCAUAUAUUUCCAGAACAAAAUCCAUAUCCUCCAACGAUUUGGAAGCGGAGGUUGGUUUUCGUGUCGGUGGCUACAUCAUGGUAUGAUGCCACCCUGUACUGCCACACCAACCAUACACGUCUCGUGGAUGACACAUCAGAGGCCACCAAGGAAAUCAUCAAAUUUUACAAAGAUAGCGAUUUAUAUUGGAAAAAUCACAACUGGGACAUAGACUACUGGUUCGGGAUGUACCUUGCAGACCACCUAGCACCGGUAUACGUGUGGGAUGGCAGCUGUGAAGCCAUGAAUGUUACAGUAUUUGAACGAUUUAAAGAUGGCAUUCCUAAAGUUUCAGACCUUGAAAUAACUACGCGGUGUGGUAUAGGACAGAAAGGAGAUAUGAAGUGGAAGUUUGCGGACUGCAGUCUCACUAGUUAUAAGUCGGUCUGCCAAGAGGAGCUUGGACCGUGUACCUUCCAGCGAGACACCGCCCUUGGUGCAUGCACAAAAGGGAGUAAGAUAGAGUGGGUUGUAAAUGUAGCCAGCAGAGAAGAGUGUGAACAGCACUGUAGUCAAAUCAUGGCGAGGAGUGUAAGAAACGGCGAAUGUUGGGCCGUCACGUACAUCAACAGCAGUCAAUCCUGUUUCCCGUCAAUCCAUGAACAACCAUUUAGGUUCGAAAUGGAUACAGGUGAAUACCAGGAUCCUUGCUCCGAAAAUUUUAUUGAAGAUCUUGGCUUGGACUCUGUAGUAAGCUGGAAGAGAUGUUACGAUGAACCUGGAGUAGUUACUGGUUCUAUUCCUAGUUCUAGUGACGAUACACCAAUAUGCUUUCCAAUGACAACAACAACUCCAACAACAAUAUCAACAACUACAACAACACCGACAGCCACAACGACGCACACUACUACAACAACACCACCAACAACUACAACAACACCGACAGCCACAACGACGCACACUACCACAACAACACCACCAACAACUACAACAACACCGACAACUACAACAACACAGACAGCCACAACGACGCACACUACUACAACAACACCACCAACAACUACUACAACACCGACAACUACAACAACACCGACAACCACAACAACGGAGACUACUGCAACACCACCAACAACUACAACAGCGCUAACAACAACUCCAUCGCCAUCAACUACUACAAUACCGACAACCACAGCAUCGCAGACUACUACAACAACUACAACAACGCUAACAACUACAACAACACCGCCAUCAACUACAACCACGCUUACAACUACAACAACAACAACUACAACAACAACGCCAACAACUACUACCUCAACACCAACAACCACUACAACCGAACCAGCAACUACAAAAUCAUCAACCACAGCACUGACAACUUCAACUGGAACUCCUCCAAUAAGCUCUAAUGCGAUAUGUAAAUGUCGAUGUGUCGUCUUUUCAAAUAUAACAGUUGAAGAAAAACUUAAGGAACUCAAAGAAGAACUCACUAUUGACAAGAAACAAACAUCUUCUUAUAUACGGUCUAUUACAAGUGCGCCAGAUGAUCGUGUUAGCGCCACGACUAUGGGCGCAACACUAGGCGCCGGAGUCCUAAUUAGCGUGGCAGUUCUGAUUUUAUUAGCAGAUUUUGCCAGCUUGUAUCGGAACUUUUGUAAUUCAGUUUAAGAAAAUCGUCAACAAUACAAAUGUAAUUAGUCUUAAA